AGGAACCCCACGACAGGCAAUUGAUGAUGCUCCGAGCUAUGGUGGGGAUGGUUCCAUUGCUGUUUGCCGUUGCGUAAACAAAACAUCGUCGUUUUUUGUGUUAUUAGUAGAACUCACGGGCUGGAAGGUGCAGGCAGUUGUUGCAGGGAGGUUUGUGCAAAGAUUUCAUCACAAGUGAAACUGCCGGAAGUGAAAGAAAUGGAUAUUUUCGAUUGCAUUAAGCUGCUGUCGCUGCUUUGUGCCUUAAUUGGCCAUGUAAAUAGUGUUGAUCGCACGAAAGUUGUGAUAAGCACGGACGCUGGUGCUGAUGAUGCAUGGGCGUUGUAUUACCUGUUGGAAGCUAAGCAAGAGGUGGAAAUACUUGCCAUAUGCUGUACCAAGGGCAAUACGAAUGUGUCCAAUGUGGUCACCAAUGUGCUCAGGGUACUUGACGCAGUUGAGCGUACGGAUAUUCCACUGUACGCUGGUUCAGACGAACGAAUAUUGCUUCCCGAACCGCUCGUAAACCCGGAGGACAUGUACUUUGGUGCCGACGGUUUUUCGGAUGUUGUAUUCGAUCGUGAACCAUCGCGUAUUCCAUUGCAGGAGGGUAAACAUGCGCUGUUUGAGUUGAACGCGUUGAUACAACAGCAUCCAAACGAGGUAAUCUUUGUAAAUCUAGGCCCGCUAACCGAUUUGGCGCUGUUGCUCAAAGUGUACCCCAGCACGCGGCAGCUGCUGAAGGCCAUCUUCAUGAUGGGUGGAAAUCGGCAUGGCAUUGGCAACACGCAGAGUGCCGCUGAAUUCAAUUUCUACAACGAUCCGGAAUCGGCUAGCAUUACGUUCAAUGCGUACCAGGGCCCUAUCGUUGUGAUACCAUGGGAAACUGCCUUCCGGCCCAACCUCGUGACAAGCUUCGAUUGGCGCAUGAAUGUGCUGGGCAGUAGCAACAAGACCAUUAUUGAUAUUCUCAACCAAGUCGAGAGGGUAGCGUUGGAAAAAUUGCCUGAAAAGGAUCGCAUUUGGAUGCCGUGUGAUUUACUAGUAUCGAUGGUACUGGCGCAUCCCCAUCUGAUCGUUGAAAGCAAACAAUACACCGGAGAUGUGGAGCUUAACGGUCGACUAACCCGUGGCCAAUUGGUUCUGGACCAUGCGAACGAAGGAACCGGUAAUGUAACGAUUAUAGAUAAUAUGGAUGAAGUUAAAAUUAAACAGUAUUUGCUUAACUUACGUUAAAAGUAAAAACGUAACUGUCAACGAGACCAAUUUUUCACCCCUGGAAAUUCGUUCAGUUUUUGGAAAGCUUCGUGCGGCCACACGAUUGGGUUGCUUAUAUACUCUAAAGCCGCAUUUCCAUUUUAAUAAAAGUUGCCAAGAUUAAA